CUCGCGCCGCUGUCAGUGCGGCUGGGCGCGCGAGCGGCGCGGGCGGCGCGGGCGGCGCGGGCGCGGGACGCAAAGCCGAGGAGGGCUGAGGGGGCGGUAGCGACUCGUGCGCGUGUUCAGCCUUCUCUAGCUUUGGCCUGGGCCAGCUCCUUACCCCUCUUUCUCUUCCGCCCGAGUGCGGCCGGCACCUCUUCCUUCUACGCCGCGCGGCUUCCACCAGACCUUUCGGCGCGGGUAAGCCCUGUUCCCAGAGGUAGCUGCUGCUGACCCUAUAAGCCAAAGGAAGAAAUAGCUGGCUAAGCUCGGCCUUGAUACCGGAAAUGAUAAAAACAAAAACAGAAUCAGAUUCCUGGAAAGAAAGCUUCUUGACAAGUGGCCACCAUGUCCUUGAAGAUCCAGACAAGCAAUGUAACCAACAAGAAUGAUCCCAAAUCUAUCAAUUCUCGAGUCUUCAUUGGAAACCUAAACACAGCUGUGGUGAAGAAAUCAGAUGUGGAGACCAUCUUUUCCAAAUAUGGCCGUGUGGCCGGCUGUUCUGUGCACAAAGGCUAUGCCUUUGUUCAGUACUCCAACGAGCGCCAUGCCCGGGCAGCUGUGCUGGGAGAGAACGGACGAGUGCUGGCUGGGCAGACCCUGGACAUCAACAUGGCUGGAGAGCCCAAGCCCAACAGACCUAAGGGGCUAAAGAGAGCAGCAUCUGCCAUCUACAGUGGCUACAGCUUUGACUAUGAUUACUACCGGGACGGCUUCUACGACAGGCUCUUCGACUAUCGAGGUCGCUUGUCGCCCGUGCCCGUGCCCAGGGCAGUUCCUGUGAAACGACCCCGUGUCACAGUCCCUUUGGUCCGUCGUGUCAAAACUACCAUACCUGUCAAGCUCUUUGCCCGCUCCACAGGCGUGACCGCUGGCUCAGCCAAGAUCAAGUUAAAGAGCAGUGAGCUGCAGACCAUCAAGACAGAACUGACACAGAUCAAGUCCAACAUUGACGCUCUGUUGGGCCGCUUGGAUCAGAUCGCUGAGGAGCAAAAGGCCAACCCAGAUGGCAAGAAGAAAGGCGACAACAGCGGUGGCGGUGGUGGUGGCAGUGGCAGUGGUGGUGGCAGUGGCAAUAGUGGCGGCAGCAGCAGUGGUGGCGGUGGCAGCGGUGGUGGCAGCACCAGCAGGCCACCCCCACCCGCAGAAGACACACCCGAGGCAGGCACAGCCCAGGAAGAAGCCCAGACUCGAGAUGACGGUGAUGAGGAGGGGCUGCUGACGCAUAGCGAGGAAGAGCUGGAGCACAGCCAGGACACAGAUGCGGAGGAUGGGGCCUUGCAAUAAGCAGCCUGACAGGAGCAUUGGCCACCAGCAGAAGGGCAUCACUGUCCAAGGCCUCAUGCCAGGGACCCACCCCCUGGAUGCCAACUUGUAGCGGGUACCCGAGGAAAGCUGGCAGCAGGCACUCCUGCCCCCCAAUGCAUCCCAGGCCAGUGCCACAUCUUCUGCAGGUGGAGUUACCAGCUACCCCUUCCCCGUGCACCCUCCCUGUCUGCACUGUCCAGGCCAGAGGACAGAGCACAGGGGGUUCCCCACACUCUGCCUCCCCUCCCCAGGACAUUCCUAGGCUUGGGGGUUUUCUAUAGGUUUGGAGGGGGGUGGUACAGGAUGGGGACCUUGACAAUAAAGAGAUUGGAUCCAGCCUGCUCUGAGAUGAGAA